AGGACCAUUUUAGCUCUGCCAGUUAAUGUGCAACUUGGUGGUUAAAUAAAGAGAGGGUCACAGUGCGGAGUCAUAGUAAUCUGUCAGGCGCUUUGCGAGCACAAGCAGUUUGGCACAGAAACAUGGCUGUACGACUCUUUGAAGGUAAAAAGCAUGCAGCUGCUUACCUGCAGUACAGAGUGGCGCCCCAUGAACUGAUCAGCAGGAUCAUGAGCUACAUGGAGAAAAAGACACCAAAACAAUUCAACCUUGCAGUGGAUGUGGGCUGCGGUUCGGGGCAAGGGACAAUCCUUUUGGCUCCAUACUUUUCGAAGGUGGUUGGAACAGACAUCAGUCCCGCCCAGCUGGAAAUGGCACUGGCCAAUCGUAACCCUCCAAACGUCUCAUACAGACAGUGUCCUGCAGAGGAGCUACCCUUUGGGUCUGGAGAGGUGGACCUUGUGACAGCCAUGACAGCGGCUCACUGGUUUGACCACCAGCGGUUCCUCCAGGAGGCUGACAGGUUACUGAGGCCUGGAGGCUGUCUGGCCCUUGUGAGCUACACCAUGGACAUGGAGCUGGAGUAUGGGGAUGUCUCCAACACACUGAAUGACAUCUGUAAAGAGCUUUAUGCUGCCCUGCUUCCUUUCCGAAAUCCACAUAUAAGAUCAGGCUCUGAGAAGAUCUACCUAGACAUGUUUGACUGCUGUUCCUACCCAGACAAAGAGUGGAACGAGCGUCUCUUGAUAAAAAGAACCAUGCCCCUGAGUGGAUAUAUUGGCAUGGUGGAAACCUUCUCCAGCUACCAGAAACUGCAAGAAAAGGACCCUGCUGAGGCUGAACGUCUCUCUGAUGACAUCAGGAACAAGUUGCUGUUGACCAUGAAGGUGUCUUCUCCUGACACAGAAGUUACAGUGAUUGUGAAAUAUUUCUACUGGCUAGCGUGCAAACCUUGCAUCUGACUGGCUGAAUCCUGCACAGGAGUGUUUCCCAAACUUUCUGGCCCAA